CUACUUGCCAGCCAGCCAAUGAAGCCACAUGAUAAUAGUAAACAGUAGAAAAUGGCGUCCUCUCAGGAUGCUUGGUAUUUAUCGUUAUUAGGUUUGGCAGAAAAUUUUAGAACGUCUAGUCCUCCAAAUAUAAAAUUGUGUAUUCAGUGUCUUCAAGCAGUUUUUAAUUUUAAGCCUCCACCUAGAGUAGAGGCAAGGACUCAUUUGCAACUGGGAAAUAUACUCUUGACACAUACGAAAAAUAUUGACUUAGCCAGGAAUAAUUUAGAACAAGCAUGGCUCUUAUCACAAAUGAUCAAUGCCUUCGAUGACGUCAAAUUUGAAGCAGCAAGUGUGUUAGCUGAACUUUACGAACAGCAAAAUCAAUCAAAUCUGUCCAAACCUAUUCUAAGGAAAGCCAUCGAAUUGUCUCAACACAGUAUAUAUUGGCAUUGUAGAUUGAUUUUUCAAUUAGCGCAAAUCCAUGCAACGGAGAAGGAUUAUGAAUUGGCUAGUAGUCUGCUUGGUGUUGGGGUAGACUAUGCGCAUAUAUCAGCUGCCAGCUAUACAAGAGUGCUAUUCCUUCUUAGUAGGUGUAUGCUCUUAUUAAUAGACAAGAAAUUUUUAGAAGUGCUGCCAUUAUUAAACCAAGCUGGACAUCUUGUUGAAACUUGGCAGGGAAGUCAAUAUCAGAAAGAAUACUUGAAAGUAUUUUUUCUUGUAUUGCAGGUUUGUCAUUACCUGAUGGCUGGACAAGUAAAAAGUGUGAAGCCAUGUUUAAAGCAGUUACAACAGAGUAUACAAACAAUAAUGCAGCCUUCGUGGCCUUCAGAUGAAGUUGUCAGUGGUUCUAACAUGGGUGACAUGUUCAUAUGGAUGCCAAAGGAACAUUUGUAUGUUUUAGUGUACCUUGUAACAGUUAUGCACAGUAUGCAGGCAGGGUACAUGGACAAAGCUCAAAAGUACACCGAUAAAGCGCUCAUGCAAAUUGAAAAGUUGAAAAUUGUGGACAACAAGCCGAUCCUGUCGGUGUUCCAGCUGAUGCUGCUGGAGCACAUAGUGAUGUGUCGCCUGGUAAUGGGCAAUAAGUCACUGGCGCUGCAGGAGAUGUCGCAGGCAUGCGCACUGUGCCAGUCUAGUCCCAAGCUGCUGCAGUCGCACCGGCCCCAGCUGCACACGCUGCUCGGCCUCUACGCCAUGUCCAUGAACUGCAUGGAGGCCGCCGAGGCUCAGUUCAUGGCCGCGCUAAGGAUAUCGCAAGAACGAGAUCUGUGGACGUUCGCCAAUCUGAAUUUGGGAAUAGUUUAUUUGCGAGCGAAGAGAGAAGCCGAAUUCGCUGCUCUGCUCGAACGCAUCAAUCCGGAAAGCCUUGUCUCGCAUUCUCACAGCUUGAGGGCGGCUGCUUACUAUGUACAGGGACUACAGUCAUUCUUUCAGACUAGAUAUAAUGAGGCCAAGAGGUAUCUGAGAGAAACGUUGAAGAUGGCGAAUGCAGAAGACUCGAACAGGUUGACAUCGUGUUCGUUAGUUCUGCUGGGACAUAUAUUCUUAUCAUUGGGAAACAGUCGAGAAAGUAUGAACAUGGUCACACCUGCUAUGCAGCUCGCCAGUAAAAUACCCGAUGUUCAUGUUCAAUUAUGGGCUUCGGCUAUUCUAAAAGAUUUGUACAGAAUAUGUGGGGAACCUGUAAGAGAGAAUGAAGCCUACCAGAUGCAUCUGAAUUUUUCUCAAAUGCUUCUGAAGGAUCACUUUCAAUCGUCGCAGAUGCCCGAGCACAGUCUGAUAUUCUGGACGGAGGGAAACUGUCCAAUUAUAUCAUCGAAUCCUCCAAGCACAUCAUCGGCAUUGAUAUAAUGUGGACAAGAAACAUAAAUAUUACUUCUUGUUGGAGGAAGACUAGAACACAUCUUCGUUUCAGGCCAGAAAAAAACAAAUAGACGGAAUGAUAUUAUGUACAAAAUGUGAAUGUAUUUGUAUAUAAUAACGUUGAUAUUGAUGAGGAUAUUAUAUUGAUUGUAAGUUAUAGCGAUAAAUUUAACCAUAUAUUGAACCUCAGUGCCACGUGUGAAUGAAAUUAGCGAGCCUUGCCUCAGAAAAAUCACGUUAUGCUGGAGCUAAAGCUGAUUUGUUCAGUGAAUGUGCGUAUAUAUAUGGUAUCUAUAGUAGAAAACCAAAAUUUUCUGAAAGAGCGGUUUAAUUUUCUAUGAUGACUUGAAUUGAAUUGAAUAUUAUAAUAAUUAAGAUAAGGACCUUUGCACAAAAAUGUGCUUCAGAUUUACCUGUUUGAAGAAAUAUAUAUAUUUGUUACUCUAUGAAUAAUGAUAUUAUUUAUAAAUACUUUCAUAUAGGGAUAAUAUAAUUGUACUGUAGGGUGUAUUUAUUUGUUUAUGUACAUGUGAAUGUCAAUCAUCUUAUAAUUUUAGGGUUUAAUUCAAUUUAAUUUAAUAAUAUUGCCGAGUGACCUGACUCAGGUCUGGUACCUGGAGUUUUCAAGUCGCAUAUGAUCAAUUUCAGGGUCUCUGUCAAGGAUGAACGACUGCUUUUAGGCAGCCGGGUCCGACGGAAUGAACACUUGAACCAUCCAUUCUAUCUAUAACACAUUCAUAGAAUGAAUGAGUGUUAUACUGUAUCGAAUUACAUCUAUAACCGUUAUUGGAAGUUGAGACUUUUCUUGCCGAGGAUGAUGCCUGUAUGCUUAGAUAAUGGUUGAUUUUAAUUCUCUUUCUCUUAUAGUUGAGUGAAAACAAACCUGAUGAAUGAUUUCACUAAUUUAAUUAUUAUUCCAUUAUCACUGAAAUACUGAACAAAACUCAUUUAAUUGGCUGUUCCCAUUAUUCAUCCAUUGAAGGUCUGAAAUCUAAUCAAUUAAUAUUUUGAAUAUCAAUCAUUGACAGAUAUUAUUCUAGUAGUAGUAGUAACACCUUAGAACCUUAUUGGUUUGAGAUUAUGUUUUCACUAACAAUUGUAUGUAAAAUGUAUGAAUCUUCAUGAUGUAUUUAUUAGUUAUAUCACCGUUGAUAUCUCCUAUCUUUGAUUUUUCAUCACUGAACUUGAGUUAUGUUCUUUAUUGGACUCAACUAUUGUGAAGUCGAUUUUGACUGUUAAAUAGGGAUAUUGAUUAUCUAUACCAUAGUUGUUCAUUGAGAUUAGAUCUAUGAUCAAAGUGCGCUUGAGGAAUUCACAUCAUGAUCUAUUGUAGCCCUUUUUUUGAUUGCUCAUUUAUUACCGUAGCUGGAGAAGUUCUGUUUGUUUAUCAACAGCAAUAUAUAUAAUUUUUGUAUUACUAACAUUACAUCUUUCUCGAACCGGUGAGAUUUUGAAAUGCAUCACAUUUGA